AUGUUUCCAAGCAGCAGUGCUGUUCUCCGUUUUGCUAACAUAAAACUCCGUCUCUCUAGCUACGUCGACGUCAGCCUGGUCCUGAUGGUCGAGCUCGCGCAAGUUAUGAGCAGAUUCGUGCCGUCCAGGUCACCACCCUCGUUUCCAGACGCUUCUUAUGUCGGCCACGUUGCCCAAGGCAUGGGGAGGAGCCAACACACCGACAUCCCUGCGACCAUUGCCGCCCAAACCUGUGGUGCUGCCUGCCACGACCGCAGAGAUCGCGUGUCAGAAACGUCGGGUUUCGCCCAACACGGCGUGCCGAGCGUGUAUGGUCCGGGUCUUGCGUUGCCGGCGGCCACGGAGGACUUCCUCCCGAAUCACCUCUGGAGACGGCAAUGGCACGAGCGAGACCGGGAAUAUCAAUGA